AUGGAGAGCGAGCUGGAGGCGCUGGCCCAGCAGCCGGCGAGCCCGGCCGAGCCGCUCUUCCAGGCGCUGGUGGAAGCUGCGGGCGGCCGCGGGCAAGUGCUGCUGGUGGGCGAGCUGUGGGAGCGCGAGCAGAGCCGCGCGCUGCUGCAGGACUUCUCCCGCGCCGUGUUCCCUCCGGAGUCGGAGCCUGAGCCGGGCAAGCCGGGCUGCGCAGAGGCCGGGAACGCGGUCACCGCAGCGGCCACAGGGCCGCAUCGGGCUCCGGGGGCGAAGGCAGCGCGCGUCAUCUGCUCGCCGCUCGUCUUCGCGCUGUGCCGCUCCUCGUCGCUGGCCGCCCGGGAGCCGCGGCGCCGCCUGCGGGAGAUGCUGCGGGAUGUGCGUGGCCGGCGGCGGGAGGGCGCCGCGCUGGUCGGGGUCCUGGUGGCGGACUCCGGAGCAGAGGACGCGGUGGCGCCGGGACUGCAGCUGCUGGAGACGCUGCUGCGCACAGUGUUCGGCCGCCAGGUGGGGGGCCCGGUGCAGGCUGCCGUCUUCCAUCCAGGCUCCCCGGCCUCCAGCCUGGCGGUCCAGCAGGCGGCCUGCAGGGCCCUGCAAGCCGCGGGGCCAGGUCGACCAGCAGAAGGUGCCUGGGAAAGACCCGGCUUCCCUGGCCUACUGACUUGCUUUUCCUGGGGUCCUCGGAACCAGAGGAAGAACCGAGGAGAUACCACCUCCUCCCGAGGCCCAGCUCAAGAACACCUCCAGGUCCCAGAGGAGGAGCUUGCACUGACAGCCAUAUUUCCCAAUGGAGACUGUGAAGACCGUGGGAGUGGAUCUAGAGCCCAGGAUGGAGUUCUCCACAUGCCACCCGAGCCCUUAGGGGACACAAGAUGAAGGCUGGACCCCGAGACUGGCCCUAACCUGCACACUGGGGUCUGGACCUUGGCAUUGAGUCUCCGUGUCACAGUGUCGACCUCAGCAGAUGGUAACUGACUGACCAUGAAGACCCCACUUGCUUGGGGGCCACGCUCCCACUGUUGCCAUCUAGGGCCUGUGGGGCCUGCUCCGCACUGCGUGCUUUUCACUCUGUGAUCAGGGUGCGGUGAUGUUGAUCUGUGCCUUCAUUUCUGUGAGCCAAGGAGACACUGUACCACUUUGUCACUCUGUCUGGGGUUUCUGUUUCCCGAAUGAUUGAGGGGGCUCCCGGCCCAGUGGGCUUUCCUCCAGGGGCUGCACCUCCAGGCAACACUGGGAACUUG